AUGCUAUGUAAGGCCGUUGGAUUUAGUGGUUGUGGUAUGGGGCGGCUUCUACUUUCUGUAAACGCGAAUAUCUUUACGAGCAUCUUUAACGCAUCGCAAGUACGCGCGGCUGAUGUAAGCUGGGGUACUGAGCAACGCGAGCGGCUUCUUCGGUAUUUAAAACUCAACUGUAUGGACGUUAGUGAAAAGGAGCCACCUCCAAGCUGGAAUUCUGUUGUAAAUGGCGACGCUAAUCGCCGCUACGAGGUUGACGAUGUUUUCAUCGGCAACAUCUUUCUGCGGUCUUACGUUGAAGGCGCUGGAGAGUUUUUGGGCAAGUGGACACCCGCAAUGUUUAGUGAGUCAAUUUAUGCGCUAUUCGAGGCACUCGCGGUAGUUGAUCGCACAGAAUCUGAGCACGUCGAAGCUGAUAGCGUUGGUUUGUCGCCUUCACAUCCACAGCAUUCGCUUCUAAGUCAAUGUCCAAGUAGUAAGCGGUCAUGUGCGGCAGAGCCGUGGGAGGUACGAGUUUUGAUUCUAAAGGCUCUAGCUCGACUAGUUCCAUCCCGCUGCGCUGAAAUCAAGAUCAAGAGUGCAUUCUAUGAGUCUUUAUUGGCUCCUCUGCGCCGCUCUAUGCUCAGUGAAGCAGACCAGCUGCUCGGAAUUUUGUCACUGGAGCUUUUUGUGUCAAUUUUGUCUGCUCCCGAGAAGUGUGGCCUCACUAUAGGCACCUGUCAACUAUUUUUGGAAGAACGAGGUCUGCAUGUGCUCGCUGAUUCUCUUGAGAGGAUGCGCAAGCCCGCGUAUCAGCAUGCGCUGCAAACAAUAACCGUAUUUGGACCUCAUCGGCGGAACAACCGAAGUAACCAAAACAUGGCACAUGUGCUUUUACAUCGCUUGACAGAAGUUUUGCUGACUCUAGCAAACCAAGAGGAAGCAGGUGUUCGAGUUAUAAGAAGGAAUCCAGAAGUGGUGACCGCAUUGAUCGAGCUUGCGUCACGUGAUAUUAUCGUACAGUACGCGAAUAUUGACGCAGCAAGCGCGUGUCUAAGGUGCCUGUGUGGAAUAUGUCGGUACAUUGGCCUUCGUGCGCUAGUGGUCAACGCCGGUGGCAUACUUUCGCUUCUGGACAUCGUGACUUCCUGUCCGGCCGGAGAUACAGAUGAAGUAGGGAUACCAGAGUCGCAGGCUUCGGAUACGCGGAGUGAAUCGGAUACGUCAUGUGCUGAGGACGACGAAAAAGAGCGUGCAAACGAUAAGCACCCCCAUGAUCGUAAGAAAGUCGACAACCAACGCAGCGAGAUCGGCAGCUCAGCAGGGGAGAUGCAACGGAUUGCGUCACGAUUCAUUGGUGCAAUACGAAGCGCUGCAUUGGUCUUGCGUGUGUGUCUGGAACCCAUAGACGCCUCCGCACCAGGAUUAGCAACCCAGUUGCUGUAUCAGCUGCUAACACCAAGCCUUGUCCGAGUACUUCGUUCGUCCCCUGAUAGAUUUAUCCUGUCGCUGCAAACCACUGAAGAUAUUGACACGGCGACGCUCAUCUGGACGGCAAAUAUGAGGCAACGGCUGCAAACGUGCAUCACAAGGGAGCUCGCAAAGGUACAAGCUGCAGCCGUCACAAAGACUUGGCCGCGCUGGAACCCUGACCAUUUGAUAGCUGCUGACUCGUUCCGGUACCAGUAUCCAGAGCUCUCGAGUGCUCUCGUUCUUCAUGACGUGUAUCUGGCUAAAUUCGUGGCGACACCUGUGAACGAAUUAGAUCUGAGAGAUAUCGACAUCGCUUCGUUCUCUGAGGCGUUGCUGAUCUCUAUCCAGAGCCAUGAAAAUGUUUUGCGUAUACUGCAAGAGCGAGGGGCAAGUGACCAUACAAAAGAAGCUGCUGUUCGACUCAUGCGGCAGACUCUGGACAAGCUUGUGAGGUGGCAUCCGCAGCAUAAUCUCGAAGUGGAUGGUAGUUCUGGUGCGCUACGCCCACCCAAUUUGCGAGCAGUGUCGUCUGACCUGGCAAGGCCUGCCAACACCUAUUCACUGGACAUGCAGACCACAGCAGCAGAGUCUUGGCCUUCAUUGACGAAUGAGCACGAUUGGGAUUCGCUGCGAUUCCAGCGCUGCAGUUUAUCGGAAAUCGACGAUCUGACCGUUUAA